UCUACUUUUACUCCUCUAAUCAUUGUGUGGUCUGUGUUUUGCAACUCUUACUAUUAGUCUUCUUCUUAUUCUUACUGUAUAUUUUUUCUAUUUAUUAUUAUUUACCCUCUUUCUUUUUCUCCAUUUUUUUAAAAAAUUCUUUUGCCAAUAUGAGUUUUGUUUCAUAUUAAAAGUUUGCCCUUUAAUCGUGGAGUGUAUGAUUUAUGUGUUCUUAUUUUACUGUUGUAUGCAUUACAUGUUACUUGGGGUUGGAAAGUUUGUUCCUUUCAAAAAUGUUUACAACGUGUGCUUUAAUGGGUAUUCAUUAUUUGUUUUAGGGUAAGUCGGCGGGAAGUUUGCUUUUGUGACACUUCAUUUCCUACAAAAACUUCAUUUUUGAUUGGAAAGGUGUUUAUAAAUGGAUGCUUCAAAAUCCUUUGCGAGAAGACACGAAGAACGGUCCCUUACUCCAUCAUCAGCCUCUGUGAAACACAGGAAGGUGAAACAAGCAUUGGUGACACUUAGGAACUUGUUUCACAAACUAAUGCAUCAAUACAAUGCAGACCAACCCGGAAAUUCGAAGGGUAAAACAGAAGUUCUGGUGGAAGCAGCAAUGAUAAUGCAAAGAGAGCAUCAAUGGGAGAACACUAGAAAGAUUGUGGGACAUGUAUCAGGAAUUGAAGUUGGUGAUCGGUUUCAAUACAGGGCUGAACUUAAUGUUAUUGGCCUCCAUCGACAAUUUUCAAAUGGCAUUGAUUAUAUGUCUAAGGGGAGUAGUUCAUUGGCCACCAGCGUAGUUGUAACCAAUCGAUAUGAUAAUGUUCGUUGGAAAUCUGGUAUGGUGGUUUACAUAGGUCAUGGAGGAGGAAAUCCUAAUGUGAAGAGUAAUGUUUCAUUUCAUGAUCAAAAGUUGGAAAGAGGAAAUUUGGCUUUGAAGAAUAGUAUGGAUGCUAAAAGUCCGGUGAGGGUUAUAUUGAAGGUUGAAGAAAAAUUUAAUGUUGUGGACAAUUACACUGACAGUAGUUCUAACUUCUCAUAUGUUUAUGAUGGCUUGUACUUUGUGGAUACAAUGAUACAGGAAAGAGGAAGAAGUGGAAAGUUUGUGUUCAAGUUUAUACUGAAGAGAAUGUUAGAACAACCCCAAACUUGUGUUGCUCUUAAGGGUGAUGUUAUGGACAAUGCUGGCAAUUCAGGGACAUUUGCAAGAAUUACUCCCAACAAAAGACACAAAUCUAGAGGAUGUUUAGUUCAAAAGGAUGUUGUUCGAAUAAAUGAUAUUUCAGAAGGAAAAGAAAAAUUUCCUAUUCGGGUGGUGACACCGAAGGAUUGUGUUCAGAUACUUCCAUCCUUCAAUUACAUAGUUGGUAACAUUUAUUCAGAGGUGUUCACACAGCCAAUUUUAUGUGGAUGUGAUUGUGCAGAUGGAUGUGUGGACCACAAGAAAUGUGCUUGCAAUGUUAAGAAUGGUGGAAGAAUGCCAUAUGAUUGUAACAAAAGACUUGCGUCUCUCAUGGAAUCAUCACUUAUAUAUGAGUGUGGCCCUUCUUGCAGGUGUUCCUCAUCUUGCACCAAUCGAGUUAGUCAGCAUGGUAUUCAGUUCCAACUAGAAAUCUUCAUGACAAAAUUGAAAGGUUGGGGUGUUAGAGCACGCUCAUUCAUCCCCUCCAGAAGCUUUGUAUGUGCAUACCUUGGGGAAGUCCGUAACAACAGACACUGUGAAUCAAGACCAGAUUUUGAUGACUAUAUACUUAAGAUUGGUGUCGGCAAGGGCUUCAUUGAUGCAUCAAGAUGCGGGAACAUUGGAAGAUUUAUAAAUCACAGUUGUUCUCCUAAUCUCAUUGUCAAGGAUGUUACAAAUGAUCACAGUGAUAAGAACCUUCCAUAUAAGGUGCUGUUUGCAGUUAAGGACAUACCUGCUGGUAGAGAGCUGAGUUAUGAUUAUAAUUCCUCCAAGGGAAAGUUUAUGAAGGUUAGGAAUAAUAGUUGCUACUGUGAAGCACGGGAAUGCAAUGGAAAAAUCUACAUUUAAAGUGCAACAAAAUGACACAAGCUGACUGAGGAAUUCAGAAUCUUAUAAUAGUCUAGCAAACUUGUUUGUUGUUGUUGUCACAUUUUGGACUGAUUAGCCCCUACUAACUAGGAUUGACACUGCUUAAUAUUUUGAUAGGGUCUUGUGUAAGAUGUGAUUUAAUCCUUGUUGAAGACUUUGUAGCAAGAUAUGUUGAUAUGCAUAUUUGUAAAAAUCAUUUUCCUCUUUUAUCUUAAUGUAGUAGUAUUCAGCUUAAAGUGUUGUAUGAUAUUCCAUAGUU